UUUGACCUGUUCAGUGUUGUCAGUAACGCGUUACUAAGUAACGCAUUACUGUAAUCUGAUUACUUUCUUCAGUAACGUGUAAUCUAACGCAUUCAUUUUUCAAAGCCAGUAAUCCGAUUAAAGUUAGUUUCCCUAGUUCAUGUGCGUUACUAUUUUGUUUUUGCCUCACAAUGUAUGUAGAAUGAAGAAUACUGUAGUCAUGUACGAAGAGCAUUUCUCAUCCGGGGAAAAGAAAAACGGGUCACGUGUGUUACGAUGCUGUUUGAGGCUGUCUGCCACGGCGGUCAACAACAUAGCAUUCUGACGAGGCAGCGAGGCUAACAUUGAAAGGCAGGAUAUAUACCGCAAAUGGAUGCCUUUGCUCACUGGAAAUACAGCCAUUACUUCACAUUUCUGUCCAGUAAAGAUGACAAAAAUAUCUCCGUGCGUUGCAAACUUUGCGCUGGCUGUAAAAGACUGUCGGCCGCUAAAAACUCUACAUUCAAUUCAACAAGGAAGCACUUGGAAUUACAGGACAACGCGGAAUCACAGGACAACGCGACAAAACUCGAAACAAAAUGUAUGAUUGCUGAUGAGAUGGGUCUUGGCAAGACAGUGCAGGCCAUUGCAGUGGCAUACGCUUUCCGGAAUGAGUGGCCUCUCCUUGUGGUGGUGCCCUCGUCCCUCAAAUACCCGUGGAUUGAGGAGCUGGAGCGCUGGAUCCCCGAGUUACAGCCUGGUGAUAUCAACCUCGUGGAGAACAAGAGCGACACCAUGGGUAUUAGCAGCAGUAAGGUGACUGUGCUGGGCUACGGCCUCCUGACGACAGACGCACGCCCCCUGGUGGAGGCGCUAAGCAGGCAGAGAUUCUCAGUGGUUGUGGUGGAUGAAUCGCACUACCUAAAAUCCAGGAAUGCGGCUCGAACUAAACUUCUGGUGCCCCUCAUUCAGAGUGCCAAGCGAGCCAUACUGCUUACCGGUACACCUGCCCUUGGUCGACCUGAAGAGCUUUUUAUGCAAAUCGAUGCACUUUAUCCCAAAAUGUUGGGAACAUGGACUGAUUAUGCCAAGAGAUACUGUAAUGCUCAUUACAGGUACUUUGGGCCCCGCAGGCAGUGGGAUUGUCGGGGGGCAUCCAACCUAGAGGAGCUCCACCAGCAGCUGAGCCAGAUCAUGAUCCGUCGUCUUAAGUCUGAGGUACUCAGUCAACUUCCCCCCAAAAUCCGCCAGCGCAUCCCAUUCGACCUUCCAAAGGAGGCUGCAAAGGAGGCCGCGGCCAGCUUCGCCGAGUGGGAGAAACUGAUGAACGGAUGCGUGUCGGAGGUCGACGCCACCGGAAACCCCUUUACUCUGGUCAUGAGCUUGAUCACGCAGAUGUACAAACAAACAGCAAUUGCCAAGGCCGGAGCUGUGAAAGACUACAUCAAAAUGAUGUUGGAGACAGAGCAACUCAAGUUCCUGGUUUUUGCCCACCACCUGACUAUGCUGCAAGCCUGCACAGAGGCUGCCAUUGAGGCCAAGACUGGCUAUAUUCGUAUCGAUGGCAGCGUCCCGGCUUCUGAGAGAAUCCAAUUAGUUCACAAGUUUCAGAAUGACCCAGACACAAGAGUGGCAAUCCUAAGCAUCCAGGCAGCUGGUCAGGGUUUGACCUUUACCGCGGCCAGCCAUGUGGUAUUUGCCGAGCUCUACUGGAACCCUGGGCAAAUUAAGCAGGCUGAGGAUCGUGCCCACCGUAUUGGACAAACGUCAUCUGUCAACGUGCACUACCUUAUCGCCAAUGGUACCUUCGACAGUGUUAUGUGGUCCAUGCUCAACAAAAAGGAAACUGUGACAGGCAGCACCCUGAAUGGAAGGAAGGCGUACCUGAAUGCAGAGGAGGGAGACAAGGACAGAUGGGACUUUCUUAACUUUGCCAGUGCAUGGACGCCGAGCAAGCUUCCCUUAGAGAUGAAUUCCGGUCUCGAUGCAGAUGAAGAGGUCUACUUCACUCAUUUUGAAAAGGAGAAACAGCAUGACAUCAGGAACUUCUUCAGCCCGAGUUCCAGCAAGAAGAAGAGAAAACGAUUGCAAGAUGAAGAAUCUUCUUCCAGCUCCUCAGAAACCAAUGAUUCUGCAGAUUCUAGUGGAAGAAACUCUGCGAGAAAGUCCAAGAAGAAAGAAAAGUCCUGCUCUCAAAUCUCCACGCACGCGGACGACUCUGACUUCUCCCCACAAACGAAGAGAAUCCGGGAGUUCCGCUCCGGCCGAAGGCCGAGGCCUAUGGAGGAGGCGAGCACGUCGGCCUGCUUCGGUGCCCAAGAAGAGGAACCAGAUUCUUCCAAUGAAACAUGGGCUUGCGGCAUGUGUACCUACUCAAACAGCCACUUGCUCCCAUACUGCGAGAUGUGUGGGUGGUCACGCUCAAGUUCAACACCAGAGCCCGGCAAGCUGGAGCAACCUCCUUUCACCGAAAAGGAGCAGCCGUCCGGCUCCGACCGAGAACCUGAGCUCGAUUGUCAGAAGUUGUGCGAAAGCAAACAGAGCGAGAAGGAGAAUAAGCCUCGGAAAGACAAACAGGAAGCCGGAGAUCCAGAGGGAGGGGACGAGCGGCGGCUCAAAGGCAAACAAUCAGCGGGAAAGCGAGAUGCUACAGGCAACUCUGACGGUGGCAGCUGCGUUACCCGCGAUCACACUCAUGAACUGUCAGCUGCCAACAUCAUUGACGGAGAGGAAAGUGGUAAUCCUGCAUACCAGGGUCUGCGGUUCUGCGCUAGCCAAUACACAGACAGAAUAUACAUCUACGAUAAGGACGGUGCUCCAUUGAACUUGAGCUUCAUCCCCCUGGACAUCAAACUAACCAACUGGGACGACCUGCCCGAGGAUUUCAGCCGGCACGCAGAAAAUCGAACACAGGUUCAGCGCUUUGUUCAGGAAUGGAGCGGAUUGGCAGCCAUGAAGCAGAAACUGCUGCGACGUAGCCAUCUCCUCUACCACAGCCCCACCCUUGGCUUGCAGAUGCUUGCCACCGCUCAGACACCUCGCAGCAGCACCAAGAGGUACCUUAGUCGAGAUGAUGUGGCUCAGGCCUCGCUGACAAAGGCCCAGCAGGAGGGAGGCAGCGUGCGGGUGGUCACCAAGGAGAACUUCUCAAGCAAGAGGUCCACCGCGUCAUUAGUGUCGCCCCCUUCAGAGAGCUCAAUAAAGGAUGUUGGAGAGCAGCCAUCACCAGGCUUUCUGCAGGCAGUGGACCGCCAAGGUAUCCCGCUCUGUUUGUCCUGCCAGAAGGCCUGCCAGACCACCGGUGGGGCCUGGGACUCCCGAUUUUGCAGCUUCAAGUGCCAGGAAGAGUUCCAGUUGCGCACAAGUCAAACGUACAUGCGCUCACGGGUGUUGGAGGCGGAGAAGGGGAUCUGUCAGCACUGUGGACUCCACGCCCACGACGUAUUCGUCAAAGUCCGCGACGCUCCGCCCUCCCGGCGAAAGGAGCUGCUUGAGAAUACUUGGCUCUCCCAACUGUCGCUCAAACAGUUGAAUGACAUGAUCCGUGCUCCGGUAGAAGGUGAUUUCUGGCAAGUGGACCACAUCCGUCCAGUCUACAGUGGAGGAGGACAGUGCUCUUUGGACAACCUGCAGACACUCUGUACUGUCUGCCACAGAGCUAGGACGGCUCAGCAGGCCAAGGAUCGCAGCCGCAUGAGGAAGAGCACCGCAGCCAACAAGCUUGCGUCAGACAUCAGCAGGUUCUUCAUUAAGAAAUGAUUCUCAGCGCUCACCGUCGUUGAGUCCCAACCGGCGCUCCUAAGACGUAUCGUGAUUUUUCUCUCUUAUAGAAAACAAAAGGCCAAACUACUUUAUCUGCUUUUUGUUGUUGUUUUUUUAUCACGGCAAUAGCGAAGAGCAAGCUCACCCCCCCUCUCGUCCCUGAACCAUCACAAGCGUGCGGCGAGGGGGGUAGGUAGGGGGAGCUUGAUUUAUUGCUGCCCCCUUUUUGCCGGAGGUGUAAAUGGAGCAAGUUGCUUCACAGCUGCUAUUUUCAGAUUUUGCAAAGUUAGUGCAACGUUGCAGGUGAGCCUGGUCAUAAAUUAAAAACCUCCCAUUCAACAAGCGAAGAUAGAUGAGCAUCUUGUGGAAUAAAAACCUAUUUUGAUGUCCCUCUUCUGUGUUCUUUUUCCACACUUUCUGUCAGGGGCGCCGUAUCGGGGUGAAAAGUGAUACUGAUUCUAAGGACCCAUGCCCUGAUGGGGCCCACAAAGAAAAUUAGAACAUUAGGUAAUUGUUUGCCAAUUUAAAUAUUAAUUAUUAUAAUUUUAAUAGAAAUAAAAUGAAGGGUUUCUUUUUCUUGUUUUGUUUUUGGCGAAAAGUAAACACCCAGAAAGCAUAUGUAUUGCCAGCCACAACCACCCAACCCCUGUAUUUUCAUUAAAUGGUUUGGUCCGCCGUCCCUUGGAUCAGACCGGGAGCAGCGGUGCGCAUUUACACUAGUCAGUGACUCAGAGUGCGCGGUACUGCAGAAAUGUUUUCAAAACAAAAAUCUGGUUAUCAAAAUAGGAAAGAAAGCAAAACAGGAGAGGGUUAGAAAAGCCUAACCGGAUGUGACUAAGUACUUCACAAAGGAAAGUGUCUUGUGUCAGUGUAGUGCUGAAAAUCAACCUGUUAUCUCAGCCCACUCCAGCCUUAUCUGGAACCUCACGAUGUCUUUUACAAAGCUCCAAAGCGAGGUCCCAGCUCACUUAGUAAGAAAUACGGGAUUUUCCGGGCCUCAAUGAGCGACAUUCACCUAUUCAAAAACAUGAAUUCGAAAUAAUGACUGCGUUUUUUGGUAUCCUACAGAUGUUGAAAGUUGGUGUGGAAAUAU